GUAUAAAACCAGCUGCAGAGACGAUUUUCAACUCCAUUUCAUCUAGCUGUCGUUCUGUUAAUUCCAUUAAAUCGCUUCCACUGCUUAAAAGAAAUAGUUAGACUUGCAGUGUUUUAGGAAGCGCCUGCCAGAUUGAAACAAAUGGACGCAAUGUUGAACUGCAGACUGGAGGACUUGGAAGAUUAUUAUAGCUUGCUGGGAUGUGAUGAAUUGUCUACUGUUGAACAAAUUCUGACAGAGUUUAAGGUUAGAGCACUCCAGUGUCAUCCUGACAAGCAUCCUGGAAACCCUCAAGCUGUGCAGAAUUUUCAGAAGCUCCAACACGCCAAAGAGAUUCUUGUCAAUGAAGACAGCCGAGCUCGUUAUGAUUACUGGCGAAGAAGCAAAAUUACUAUCCCAUUCCAGCAGUGGGAAACUCUGAGUGACUCCAUUAAAACGUCAAUGCAUUGGGCUGUCAGAGGUAAAAAAGAGCCUAUGCUGGAAGAGUCUGAUUUAAAUCUGAAUCACAAGAUGACUGAUGAUUGUCCCCAGAAGGUUGACAAUAACAAUAGUGGAUUCUUGGAUGACAGAAGGAAGCUAGAGGAGUUUGAGCCAUCUGAUGGGAAGCUGCUGUCUCCAAAGAGCCCUGAUUCCCCAGGAGCAUGCUGAGUUCAGUGACUGGGAUAUUCUGAUUCUAACUGCUGGCACUUGCGUUUCCGUUGGUCUGGUGAUGUCCCAAGUGAACUCCUGCGGAAGUUCAGAAACUACGAAAUAUGAAGCCAAAGACCAAAUGUGUGGAACUUUGUGCUCACCAUUUCAGUAUUUUUGUGUGUUCAUAAGGAUUGCCUCUUGUGACUAUGGAUAUUAUUUAAAUGUUUUGUAAUCUUGGCUAACCAUCUGGACUAAUGUUGUGUGUGCCAAGAAGCAUUCACAUGCGCAAGUGGGGAACAUUUGCCCGUCUCCCUCAAGGAUGUAUUUUCAGGAGGUAAAACAGGCUGCAGAGCCAAGGGGAGACAGGCAAAAACUACCCCUCCCGUGUUAGUCUUGAUGUUGUAGUUUUUCCAUAUAAAAUGCUGUGUGUUUGAACUGUGGACAGUUCUUCUCCUUUAUUCGUUAAUAACAUACGGAAUAUCUGAAUGCAGCCAGCCUUCUUCUUCAGCGUUCUUGCUUAAUGUAUAUGUGACUGUUUCCUAGCAUUACUGAACAGCUGGGAAAAACGUAUACUGUACUACUACAUUCCAUGCCACAGCUUUGACCUAUCCUGCCCUUAUUUCCACUUGCUUGUGACUUUCAGCUCUCCAGUUCUGCCUUCUUCAGUCACCCCUCAAGUCUACUGCUGUCUCACAUGAUUCUUCCUAUUUUUUUUCCCUCACCAGCCUUGGUGCCUGGUACUUCCUCCCAGAUCAGCUACAUGGUGUUGCCCUUUUCUCCCUCUUCCUUCAAGACGCUCCUUACAGCCCAUCUUUUUUUCUAGGAAAUCUUUGGCCUCCUCCCCAUUUCAAAUAAAUAAUAGUCUUGGUUAGCCAUUUCUUCACAAAUUGUUCUUUGGCGGCUCACAAUACAACAUUUUAAAAAAAUCUCUCACACAUACAUACACACACCUCAAUACAUUUUAAAAACAUUUUUUAAAAAUCAAAUUUAAAAUUCAGCUUUAAAAAGCCUGAGCAAACAGAAAGGUCUUCACCGGUAUCUAAAAGAACAAAGUGAUGGUUCUAGGCGAGCCUCACUAGGGAGGCUAUUCUAUAAAUGGGGUGCCACCACUGAAAAAGCCCUCUCUUCAUAGCCUCCAAGGCCCUGCACUUGGAGCAGGGCCUCUGAAGAAGACCUUAAGAUCCAAGUUGGGAUAUGUGGGGCAAGGUAAUCUCUUGGGUAACCUGAUCCCAAGCCGUCUAGGGCUUUAAAAGUUAAAGCCAGCACUUUGAAUUGGGCCCAGAAUGGACUGGGAGCCCGUGCAGCUGACGAAGCACUGGUGUGAAUAUGAUCAAAACGCCCAGCCUCAGUUAAUAAUCUGGCAGCCCUGUUUUGUAUGAACUGCAGUUUCCGUACCAUUUUCAAAGGCAGCCCCACAUACAACACAGGAGAUUACCAGAACUGUAACUGUGGCUGAGCUAUUUCUAUCUAGGUAAAUUUGCAGUUGACAUAUCAGCCUAAACUGAUAAAAGGUGCUCCAAGCCAGAGGCUACUUGAGCUUCUAGUGCAGGCAUCCCCAAACUGCGGCCCUCCAGAUGUUGCUGAACUACAACUUCCAGCAUACCCAGCCACAACAAAUUUUGUCUAGGGAUGCUGGGAGUUGUAGUUCAGCAACAUCUGGAGGGCCGCAGUUUGGGGAUGCCUGUUCUAGUGCCUGUGCUGGAUUGAUGAACACCCCAGGACUGUGAACCUGGUCUUUCAGGGGGAGUGCAACCCCACUAGAAGAGGCUGAGCUGAACAUCAUUCACCCAGGCAGAGGAACCAGCGACCAACAGUAUUUCUGUCUUAUCUGGAUUGAGUUGCAAUUUGUUCACCCUCAUCCAGUCCAUUACUGCAUCCAGGCACCAAUUCAGGACAGUCACUGCAUCACAAGAGUCUGAUGAAAAAGGGAGCCUAAAUGUCUAAGGGCAUUGUCAUAUUUGUGCCACUCUUCUCUCUCUCUCCCUUUCCUUUCUUUCGUUGUCUAAUCAGCUACCAAAAUUUAGAAGCUGCUUGGGGCUGGAAUCUGCUGCUCUUGCUUAUGAUACUCCAUAUAUGCCACAUACAUUGAUGGCACUAUAUACAGUGGAUAGUAUUACUACUGCAAAAUUGUAACCUAUUUUUAAGAAUCCAAAGUGUAUAGGCAUUAUUAAUUGCAUAAAAUUCACCAGAAACUAUAUGCAUUACUCAAUUAGAUGUUUUCUUAAUUGUGGACUUUCAUACUAUAUAGUCUUCUGUAUUCACUUUUUGUGUUACUGAAAUAACAAAACUCUGCAAGCUUACUGAGGUGUAUAAAAUAAAGCCCUUGUAGGUAAGUAAGCAAGGCCCAUUGAGGUUGAAAAUGACCUGCAACUGGUUUGAAAUAUUUUUGUGUUAACCUUAUUAUAUUCUAUGUUAAAAUGGUAUUCAUCAAUUUGUAUAGAUGUAUCCAAAUUUUUUAAAAAGUGUGACCUAGUAUGUUUGAUCUGUUGUCUUUACUCAUAAAGUAAAUUCUUCUGGA